UCAUGCACUAGCUUUUCUGGAUAAACUCUGCCCUACAUUAGCUAAUGGCACCAAGGUUGUAGUGAAUGUUAGUGGGAGAGGAGAUAAGGAUGCUGCAACAGUUCUUGAAUUAAUACAAACAUGAAAACACUAAAAAUCAAUCAAGGAGUAUAUGUGGAAGAACUAUAUGCUAGCUUAGCUCCUCUAUACCUAGUAAAUUUGGAAUAUAAUGCUUGCUUGAGCACAAGACCUAGAUAACAUACACUCAAGUCCUUCAAGUGUCUGCAAGAAAGGAUGAACCAGAGACAGAUCUAUAAUCUGAUCACAAAACUUGUUAAAUAAGUGCUAUACAAAGAAAUUAUGUAAAAUAAUCACAACGUUAAGCUUUUGUAUAAGAGUUUUUUAUCUUGCAAUCCAAAAUGUAUCACAUUGACAAACCCUAUUAUUAGGGAAGCCACCGAUCAAAUGGAAACAUAGUUGUAAAGGCAGGUCCGAGGUGCCCAACCUCGGACGUACGACAGUAAUUCCUUUACAACCAGAGUGAAGAAUAAAUCCAGAGCUUCUCGCUCGAACAGCUGCACAGCAGUUAUGAUGGACAUCCUCGCAUCUAAAUAUCUCUCAAUUUCCCGAUCCCGAAAUAACCGUAUGGAAAUACACAUCAGAUCCCGAAUAUCUUGCUUGGCUCAAUUUUCCGGUCCCGAAAUAACUGUCUGGAGAUACACAUCAAAUCCUGAGUAUCUUGCUUGGCAUGCCACGUGGGUAGCCUCGAUUAUUGCUGACUUAAGCAUCGGAGUGUCUACCUCGAGGACCCACCUCGGGACUUUGCAGGUCAUUAAAGAAGAAGUUGAGAAACUCCUACAAGCUGGCUUUGUCAGGAGGGUCGAUUAUUGUGAAUGGGCUGCCAAUCCUGUGCUGGUAAAAAAAGCAAACGGUAAAUGGCUGAUGUGCAUCGAUUACACUAACCUCAACGACGCAUGUCCAAAAAACUGUUACCCAAUGCCAAACAUUGACAAGCUGGUUGAGGCAGCUUCUGGAAACGAGAAAUUAAGUCUCUUGGAUGCAUACUCUGGCUACCACCAGGUUCCAAUGGCUCUUGAGGAUGCAGAUAAAACCUCGUUCUAUGUUGGCGAUGAAAUCUAUUCCUAUGUAAUGAUGCUCUUCGGCUUGAAGAAUGCAGGUGCCACUUACCAAAAGAUGGUUACCAUCGUAUUCCGAGCUCAAAUAGGUCGGAAUCUGGAGGUAUAUGUUGAUGAUAUAGUGGUGAAAAGUUUGAAAGUUGGAGAUCACUUAAUCGACCUCGAGGAGACGUUUAACAACCUCAGAAAGAACAUGAUGAGGCAUCGAAGUGUCUACCUCGAGGACCCACCUCGGGACUUUACAGGUUCAUCCAAAGUGAAAACGUGGACUGAAGAAGGACUUCUGGUUUGGAGGGUCGAUUAUUGUGAAUGGGUUGCCAAUCCUGUGCUGGUAAAAAAAGCAAACGGUAAAUGGCGGAUGUGCAUCGAUUACACUAACCUCAACGACGCAUGUCCAAAAAACUGUUACCCAAUGCCAAACAUUGACAAGCUGGUUGAGGCAGCUUCUAGAAACGAGAGAUUAAGUCUCUUGGAUGCAUACUCUGGCUACCACCAGGUUUCAAUGGCUCCUGAGGAUGCAGAUAAAACCUCGUUUUAUGCUGGCGAUGAAAUCUAUUUCUAUGUAAUGAUGCUCUUCGACUUGAAGAACGCAGGUGCCACUUACCAGAAGAUGGUUACCAUUGUAUUCCGAGCUCAAAUAGGCCAGAAUCUGGAGAUAUAUGUUGAUGAUAUAGUGGUGAAAAGUUUGAAAGUUGGAGAUCACUUAAUCGACCUCGAGGAGACGUUUAACAACUUCAGAAAGAACAGGAUGAGGAUCAAAGCAGUAGCCGAGAUGGAACCACCAAAGUCAAUGAAAGAUGUGCAAAGGUUGACGGGGAGAGUAGCAACUCUUCAUAGACUCAUUUCGAAAUCAGCAGAUAAAUGCUUGUCAUUCUUCAAGAUCAUGAGAUUGGCAACUCAGAAGGAUGAAUCUGGCAAACAAAAGAAGUUUGCAUGGAAUUCAGAAUGUCAAGCUGCAUUUGACGAGCUGAAGUCUUAUCUUAGCUCACCUCCCUUGCUGACAAAGGCUGAUGAUGGAGAAAUCCUUUACUUGUACCUCGGGAUAUCAGAUGAGGCUAUCAGUUUUGUGUUAGUAAGGGAAGAGGGAAAGAAACAGAAACCAGUUUACUACAUCAGUAGUGUGUUACAUGGAGCUGAAGUCAGAUAUUCCAUUGCUGAGAAAGCAGCAUUAGCAGUUGUCACUUCGGCCAGGAAACUGAGACUGUAUUUCCAAUCACACCCAAUCAUAGUCCUCACAGACCAGCUGCUCAGACAAAUUUUGCAAAAGCCAAAAUGUUCGAGGAAAUUGAUCAAAUGGGCAGUUGAAUUGGGAGAGUUCGAGAUCACAUUUCAACAGAGGUCAGCCAUCCGAGCUCAGGCUCUCACCGAUUUCAUAAUAGAAUGCACCUCGGCUCACUCUGAUUCCCAGUCCGAGGUGGACAGUUGGGUUCUGUAUGUUGAUGGCACAUCAAGUAACAAAGGUUCUGGCGCCGGUGCAAUACUACUUGGCCCAAAUGGGUACCGAAGCAAACACGCUCUAAAAUUUAAUUUUGAUGCCACCAACAAUAUGGCCGAAUACGAAGCCCUGCUACUCAGCCUACAACUGGCGACAGAAUUGAAGGUUGAAGCAAUACAAAUAUACAGUGAUUCACAGCUAGUAGUCAAUAAGGUUAACUCAGUCUGUGAAGUGGUUGAUCCUGUUAUGAUGAAGUAUGCAACUCUGGUGGCCGAACUGAAAUCCAAAUUCCAAAAAUUCCAUUUAAGCAAAAUACCUCGAGCUGAAAAUGAGCAAGUAGACUCCCUCUCCAAGUUUGCUUCUGAUGGCAACCAAAGCUCCAGAUCGGUCUUUAUAGAAAUUCUGGACGAGCCUAACUUUUUGAAGCCACGAAUGAUGGAGGUCAACACAAAUCCUAGCUCAUCGAGCUGGACAGAUCCAAUUAUCUCAUAUCUACAAGAUGGCACAGUACCUGCGGAUAAACAGGAAGAGAUGAGGUUGAGAAAGAAGGCAUCUAGGUACACCCUUGUUAAUGAUGUCCUCUACAAGAGAUAUUUCUCACUCCUUCUGCUCCGCUGCCUUACCCCUUACGAGGCUGAAUACGCACUUCGGGAGGUGCAUGAAGGUGUCUGUGAAAGUCACGUAGGUGCUCGAACUUUGGCCCAUAAAGUCCUUAGACAAGGUUAUUAUUGGCCCAACAUAUAUAAGGAUGCCAUCCAGUUCGUACAAAGGUGUCAGAAAUAUCAGUUCUUCGCACAUAUAAUCCACCAGCCUACAGAAGAGCUCACUACUCUGGUAGCACCUUGGCCAUUUGCUCAGUGGGGUCUUGACCUUUUAGGUCCAUUUAUGAAGGGGGUAGAAGGUGUAACCCAUCUCAUCGUUGGUGUGGAUUAUUUCACAAAAUGGGUUGAAGCUCGGACACUAUCCAGUCUUACCUCCAAGAAGUUCACCUCAGUUUACCAUCUGGAGUCCAACGGCAUGGUCGAAUCUGUUAACAAAUGCAUCUUAGAAGGUGAAACACCCUACCAUCUGGCCUUUAGUAUCGAAGCAGUCAUUCCUAUCGAGAUAGGAGUCCCAAGCUUCAGGGUCACCCAUUUCGAUGAAGGACGAAAUGGACAACUGCUUCGGGAGAACCUUGAUCUGCUUGAUGAAGUCAGAGAAGAAGCACGACUUCGAACUCUAGUCUACAAGCAAAAAAUAGCAAAUUCCUACAACAAACAAGUUCGACCCCGAACUUUAAAAGUAGGAGACCUUGUUCUUAGCAAAGCUGGUCUAACGGGAUACGAAACUCGAUUUGAAAAGUUAGCGCCAAACUGGGAAGGUCCCUACACUGUAGCCGAAGUGCCCCACCCAAGUGCUUAUGUCUUACAAGACACUGAGGGCAAAAAGUUUCCUAGAGUCUGGAAUGCUAAUAACUUGAAGAAAUUUUACCCUUAAUACACUUCUUUCCAGUUAACUUUGUCUUAUUGAUCACCAUUAUUCUGAUUAAUGUAUAUCGAAACUCAAUUCAUUUACAUCAUUAAUGAACUUCGCUUCACAUUCGAAGUGAUUAAGUCCUUUUAUUGCAGCUUAUUCAGUUACUUCAUUUGUUGGGUUAUGAUUUCAUUACACUCACUUCUGAAGUGUUUUGCUUCAUCUUUUGUCAUUUCUGUAUUUGAAGUCCGCCUCAUAUAUGUAUAUAUGCUCGAGGUCCGUUCCUCUGCUAUUCAUUUUAUUGUGGUCGAGGUUAGAACCUUGUGUUCAAUAAAGUUACUUUUUCCGA